GGGUCCUAGCCAAAGUUAGGGUAGUGUAGACCAUAGUUCCUCUGCAGUCAGCGGUAGGGUCGCUCACCCCCUUUUUCACUCUGCACGUCCGAGAGAAUUGGAGAGCCGGGGACGGCUCCACCACGCUACACCCUUCUUUCCCAGUAUAGGAAAUCGCGCCGAAAGUUUCCCCGAACGUCUGCCCUGUGCCUGGUACUCUGCUGGGCUCUAAGGGGUGGGUGAGUGGGGAGAGGUGGUUCACUACCCAGAGACGGACGAACUCAGUGCUCCGCAGGACCCAGCUUAGAAGCCCAUUUGGGAGGCCGGAAGCACCGGCACCUGGUAGAACUACGAGCUGCCAGAAAGGCCCAGGGACUUCGAAGUGUGUUUGUCAGUGGAUUUCCCAGGGAUGUGGAUUCUGCUCAGCUCUCUGAGUACUUCCAGGCAUUUGGACCUGUGGCCAGUAUCGUCAUGGACAAGGACAAGGGAGUGUUUGCCAUCGUGGAGAUGGGGGACGUGAGUGCUCGGGAGGCUGUAUUGUCACAGUCCCAGCACAGCCUGGGAGGACACCGCCUGCGCGUCCGGCCACGGGAGCAGAAGGAGUUCCAGAGCCCAGCCUCCAAAUCCCCCAAGGGAGCAGCCCCUGACAGUCAGCACCUGGCCAAGGCACUGGCUGAAGCCCCAGAUGUGGGGGCACAGAUGGUAAAGCUCGUGGGGCUGAGGGAGCUGUCUGAGGCCGAGCGACAGCUUCGGAGCCUGGUGGUGGCCCUGAUGCAGGAGGUUUUCACGGAGUUCUUCCCGGGCUGUGUGGUCCAUCCUUUUGGCUCUUCCAUAAACAGCUUUGAUGUCCAUGGCUGUGAUCUUGACCUGUUCUUGGAUCUGGGUGACAUGGAAGAACCUCAGCCAGUCCCAAAGACUCCAGAAUCUCCAUCCCUGGACUCAGCCCUUGCUUCCCCACUGGAUCCUCAAGCCCUGGCCUGCACCCCGGCCUCUCCUCCAGACUCUCCACCUCCGAAUUCUCCCCAGGAUUCUGAAGCUCUGGACUUUGAAAUGCCUUCCUCUUCCCUGGCGCCCCAGACUCCGGACUCUGCUUUGGCCUCCGAGACCCUCGCCUCUCCCCAGUCCCUGUCUCCAGCCUCACCACCACAGGAGGACAGGGGCGAGGGGGACCUGGGGAAGGCCCUGGAACUAGCAGAAUCCCUAAAGGGAGAGAAAACAGAGGGGGCAGCAAUGCUGGAGCUGGUGGGAUCCAUUCUCCGGGGGUGUGUCCCUGGGGUGUACCGAGUCCAGACUGUGCCCUCUGCCCGGCGCCCUGUGGUCAAGUUUUGCCAUCGGCCUUCAGGACUCCAUGGUGACGUCUCCCUCAGUAAUCGGCUGGCCCUGCACAACUCUCGAUUCCUGAGUCUCUGCUCUGAGCUGGAUGAGCGAGUGCGGCCCCUGGUGUACACCAUCCGCUGCUGGGCUCAGGGCAGAGGGCUGUCGGGAAGUGGCCCCCUUCUCAAUAACUACGCCUUGACCUUGCUCGUGAUCUAUUUCCUUCAGACCAGGGACCCUCCUGUGUUGCCCACUGUGUCUCAGCUCACUCAGAAAGCAGGUGAGGAGGAACAGGUAGAAGUUGAUGGCUGGGACUGUAGCUUCCCCAGGGAUGCCUCAAGACUGGAGCCCAGCGCCAAUGUGGAACCCGUUGGUUCCCUGCUAGCCCAGUUCUUCUCGUGCGUCUCUUCCUGGGAUCUUCGUGGCUCACUGCUGUCCCUGAGGGAGGGUCAGGCACUGCCUGUGGCAGGGGGCCUGCCCUCUAACCUCUGGGAGGGUCUGCGCCUGGGCCCCAUGAAUCUCCAGGACCCCUUUGACCUGAGUCACAACGUUGCAGCCAACGUGACCAGCCGCGUGGCCGGGCGGCUGCAGAACUGCUGCCGAGCGGCAGCCAGUUACUGCCGAAGUCUCCAGUACCAGCACCGUUCCUCCCGGGGUCGGGACUGGGGUCUGCUCCCCCUUCUGCAGCCCAGCUCCCCAAGCUCCCUGCUGUCUGCGACGCCCAUCCCCUUACCUCCUGCUCCCUUCCCCCAGCUCACUGCUGCCCUGGUCCAGGUGUUAAGGGAAGCACUGGGAUGCCACAUAGAACAGGGAACCAAGAGACCACGGUCAGAGGGAGGUGGGACUGAGGAGUCUCCCCAGGGAGGGACGAGCAAAAGGGUGAAACUAGAUGCACAGAGGAGCUGUGAGGAGGGGCAAGAGGAGCAGCAAGGGCAUGCAGGGGACCACAGUGAAGCUGGAGUGGAGGAGAUGGUUAUAGAGGCUGGAGAGACGGUGCAGGACUGGGUCAUGCAGAGCCCUGGGCAGCCAGGGGAGCUGCCCCUGAUGCCUGGAAAGCACCUGGCUGGGGGAGAAGGGCAGCGAGCUCUCACAGUACUAGCAGAGCAGAGGGCCAAGGGCCCUGAGGCAGCCCAAGAAGGGUCUCAGGGCGACACGGGGAAGGGGGCAUCACUCCUCUCCUCAGUGAGCUGGCCCUGUGCCUUGUGGCACCGAGUGUGGCAGGGGCGGCGGCGUGCCCGGAGGCGCCUGCAGCAGCAAACCAAGGAAGCAGGUGGAGGUGGUGCUGGCACAGAAGCUGGGUGGCUGGCAACUGAGGCUCGGGUAACCCAGGAGCUGAGAGGACUGGGAAGUGAACCCAGGCUAGAAACUGACCCCCUCCUGACCUUCAUCGUGUCUGCCUCCCAAGCUGACCAGACUCUCACUGUGACCCCUCUCCGGGAUUCCCAGGGCCUGUUCCCUGACCUCUAUCACUUCUUACAAGUUUUCCUCCCUCAAGCACUGCGAAAUCUCCUCAAGUGAACAUGGGCCAUAGAGGGCAAUAAAGCUGCUAGUUUAAUACAAA